GAACCAGCUUGGUAGUAUUCUCUACCACUGCACGUGGUACAGUUCUCAGUGUUUCGUUUUGUAUAGUUUUUACAAAAAUCCAAGAAAUAUAUGUGAAUCAAAUGUGUAAACUACUGUUUUUGUUAAUCUUUGUGGGCACUGUGCCCUGGGGAAGUGGAUUCCAAGUGCUUUUCGAGGAGACAUUCCCCACCCACUUUCUCAGCUCGGAUCAGGAAUCCAUGCAGCACAAGCGGGCUGCCGAUGUACCGCAGUUCUUCGACCAAGCUAGCUUCAGUUUCGAUGGCUUGACGAGAGUGGCCUCGGUACCGGUGCCCUUCCCAUUGGACAUCUGCAUCCUUCAGCUGCCCACUGUCAAGUAUGCCACGGCCCUGCACAAGGAUCCUUCGGGAUUGCGUCAUUUCGCCGUCUAUGCCUGGCACCAGGACGAGCUGGAGUACAAGCUCCUGCUUCAGCUGCCCGCUCCCAAGGCGGUGGCCCUGGACUGCCUGGCCUUUGCCGGUCGUGGUUAUAUAGCCUUGAGCUACAACCUCACCGAGCCCGUAAAGCUAGCACGCGAAGGAUCGCCCAUCUACGAGUUGUCUCCCGACACCGGAAUACGAGCUGUUCAAUAUUUCUCGGGCAUCCAAAUGCGGGGAAUGUAUCUGAGGAUAAGCAGCCAGGAGCUGACCCUUCUGCAGGCCUUCGAUUCGGGAUCGAGCGUCAAGCAGCGGCAGUGUCCCUACUUCAAGUGGAUGGGAAGAAGCUUCCAGCGCCUGGGAGCAAUUCCCUGCUCCAAUGCCCGUCGCCUGGAAGCCUUUGGAAUCGAUUACACCGACUAUGUGGCGGUGGCCAACUAUGCGGAUGCCGAGGGACGCACAGCCAUCCACUCGGAGGUCUACAGAUACGAUCCCAAAACUCGAAAGUUUCAACUGUUCCAGCGACUUCGAAGCAAUGGAGCCGUGGAUGUCAAGUACUUUAGUUUGCCGGUGAACGAAGUUAGUCGGAGGCACUUCCUCAUCCUGGGCAACACAAUUGGUGGCUCAAGUUCAGGCCAUGGCGAGGCCGACACCGUCAUCUAUGUUUUCGAAAAGGGCCAGUUCGUCCCAUAUCAGAAAUUAAGCUUCUACGCCCUGGAGCGCUUUCUGCCCGUCCAGCACUCUGUAUCCGAGAAAUUCUUACUUUUGGUGGCUUGCAACAAGCAGGAUGUCAAGAUCUACAAUCUAAAUGACUGGCGGUUCGAAGAGUCGAAGGUGCAGUUUACAGAAGGAGCUUUCAGCCGGGGUGUGGCCAGGAUGAGGAGCUAUGAGGAGGCUCAGCAGAGCUACUUGGUAAUUUCCAAUGAGAACAUGGCCGCCAACGAGACGAACAUCUUCCAGCCGCUCUUCAAACAGGACGAACAUGCCAAUAUGCUCCGCCAGCAAAUAAUAGAUUGGGCGCGGGAGCAGAGAAAGCGUUUGGAGCAGGUCGAUAUGGAUAGAAUCAUAAAAAUCCUAGAGGAAAAAUUAAAACAAAGGGAAGAGAAACUACAAACAGCGCACAUCAAAAAAGUAACAGCUAAGCUGUUUGAGGAUCCUCACAUGAAACUGACUCCCAGCUACUGGAAGGCUCUGCAAUAUGCCGACCAGGCUUUGGAUGUCAUCGAGAAGAAUGCAGUAGCCGCCUUUGGGAGGCAACCCAGCAAAAGGUCUGCCCAGGAACAGAUGGUGGAAUACAAGUUCGAGGAGAUGAAAGUGGAUACCCUGGUGGUGCUAGGCACUGUGCAGGCUGAACGUAUCAAUGGAGUUGAUACAAAGAAUCCCAUUUACGAAUCUAUCCAUGCCGGAAAGGUGUACGUAAGUGAGGAAUACAAAGAACAGCCAAGAACCCAAAAAAAACCACUGCUGGAGAAUCUAACAGUCCAAGAGCUGGAAUUGGAGGGAAAACUUAACCAAGUUAACUGGACAAAGCUGCAGGACCAGACUCUCAAGCGCACGGGUCGCGAUGUGCAGUUCAUUAAGGCUGCCGUUGAGCUGGAACAUCUGGAUUCCGAAGCAGUCCAAGUGAACGGCAAUGAGGUGAACAAUCGCCUACUGGGUCACCUGAUUCCAGUGGAUGGUGGCGACUUCAUUGUCCAGCAGGAUGUGCAGUUCGCCCAACCGGUGCAGGUGAAUCGAUUGCUCAUCAACCAGCGACUGAACCACAUCCACAUCGAUCGCCAGCAGUUCGAUUUGCUGCUCCGGGAAGCCAAUCACACGCAGGUCAUUGAGGGAUCCAAACGAUUCGAGAACGUGAGAGUCAUGGAACCAAUUACCAUUGCAGGUCAACUGAGUGGCGCCGAGCUGAGAGCCAUGACUCCCUUCAAGGUAACCCACCAGUCUCUACGCCUCCAAGGCGACUAUGUUAUAGAUGGCGAUGUGACCAUUGGUAGGCUGCUGCAAGUGGGCGAUUUACUGGAUGAAUCCGCACAGAAGUCAGCAGCUGAGACUUUGAGACGAGGUCUUAACUUAGUUCAACCUCUCCAGGACGUGAAUGUCAAGUUUCUGCAGCCUGUUACGGCAAACAACUCGGAAGUAAGCUUUCUCAACGCGCAGGAUUUGCAGAAUCUAGUCAAGCUUAACGUAGAGGAAGUUCAGGUCGUGCAGGGCAGUAAGCUGAUUCCCCAGAGCGUGGAAAUAAAUGGGGGAUUUGGUGAAGUUAAGUGGAUGAAUGGCAUCGAUGUGGAAAAUCUGACCGACAUGCUGCUCACUAAAAGCGGAAAUCAAACGGUGGAGAUUCCGAUGCAAUUGCAAAGUCUGGUGGUAGACCAAGUGAACUCCACUCUGGUGGCCCUUAAUGGCAGACCAUUGGAAGAUUACCUCCAGCUGGGUGGGCAUCAGGAGUCAAAUGCUACAGUUUUUGUCAACUCCUUGAACACCGAGAGCUUAACCCUUGGUGAUCUGAACCUCAAUGGUCUCAUUUUUAAGCAGCCACUGUCUUCGGUCUACGGGCACGGCAGCCAAUCUCUGCACAGUUGGCACUUGCCCAGGGACUUUAAUGGUUCCAUAUACGCCCAGAAUCUGUGGCUGAAUGGAAACAUCAACCAGCUGGCCAUAGGCCACUUGGAGCAGCAACUGCAGCAGCUGGCAGGCAACAUUAAGUACGUGGGUGACUUUAGCUUUGGACAUUCGGUAAACAUCAGUUCCCUGAGCUUCGGCAACUCGUUGAAUGGAAUUGAAGCCGAUCGUUUCGGUCGCUGCUGGCUGGAAACCGAAGGCGAUCAGGCUUUCACGGUGCCGCAGCAGCUGGCCUCGUUGGAAAGUCGCCAAGGCAUCUGGCUCAAGGGACAACUGAACAACCACACCCUGGGGACUUUGGUGACUCGCAGCUAUAGACUCAACGCCUCGGAGCAUCUGCCAGCAGUUCAGUUUGAAAACCCCAUAGUAUGCCAAUCAGAGAUCCAGGUGGGUCGACUAAACGGCCUCCUUGUCCCCGAGAAUAUGGUUUAUCAGAACAAUCCCGGAUAUCUUACUGCACCGGUUAGCAUUGCUGGUAAUCUGACGGCCACGGGAUUGUGCAACUUUAGCAGCCUCAAUGGUUACCCCUUGGAACCACUGGCCAGGUAUUUAGGUGGCCAGCUGCCGGAUACAUUCCAUGCGGAGGAUGUAGAGCUUACACGGCCGCCCACUAGUCACAAGUUGAACCGACAUCACCUUGGCGAGCUCUUGGAUCAGGUGUGGCUGGACAACGAGCAGAUUGAACUAACGGGAGUGGAACUGAAUAGUUCCAACUUUGAAGGUCUGCUGGAGAUGAAGGGCCCUGUUAACGGACGGCAGGUGGAGGACAUCAGGCGAAACUACUUCAGCCGGACACGCGGAGGCCAGCGAGUGAAGACUCCAAUGAGUUUGGCGUCGCAUGACGUCACGUUCACCCAGACUCCAGCAGCCAAAACGGUGGAACUACGUGGCAUAGAAAGCAGCAGCAGUAGCAAUGGCAGUGAUGUGGAGAGAAGUGGCAGCGGAGGAAACUUGUCCUUGGAUUUUAAUGACUUUGUGGCUAAUACCUUAAAAACUGGUGGCAUCCACACCGUCAGUGGGCAGUGGAAUCUUUCGAAAGCCCAUGUUUCCGGAAAUUUAUCUAAUGUACUUGUGAAUCACUUAAACCCAGCAACCGAUGUCCUAUUAAUAAAUAAGAAUAAUAUUGGAUCUCCUACGGCUAUUAAUGCAUCGAAAAUUGUCAAAGAAGCCACAAUAAAUAGGCUAUAUGCCACUGAUAGCAGCCAGGUGGCAGAUGUCCCUAUAGCCAAGUGGAUCAACGAAGCAGCUUACAUUUAUGGGAACCACAGUAUUUCCGGUGCUACUCGACUGGAAAGUGUUAGCCUCUAUAAUGAUCUUCGUGUUAAUGGGUCCGUAAACGGAAUCCUCUGGCAGCCAGAAAACCUCCUUCUCCGGGACACUGACCAGUCAUCCGAAGGUUCUCUAUUGGUGGCCAACAAUUUUCCGGAACAGCAGCGGAUCUACAGCAACAAUGUGGAGAAUCUCUGGGUGGAUGACAUAAACGGACUACCAGUUAAUGAAUUAUUGCUGAACAAGGCUCAAAAUCGACCCAAUCUUCACGUAGAAAGCCAAUUGAUCUUCACUCAACCGCUUUCAGUGGGAGAGUAUGAUGUGGGAGCCAAUGACUUGUUGGAUGGAGGCUACAAAUGGAAGCGAGGCAUAGACUCCAAUGACAUCGAACUGCGGGAAAAUGUAGCUGCCAUUAAGGAUAGAUUUUCUAAUCCUCCAAAAGUGCUGAAAAACAUGAUCCUCCUGCAAAAGUUGCCUCAUAAAGCCAGUCACUUGGAAAUCAUUAAGGCGGGAAACCAAGAUGUUCUGGCUAUUUGGGACGAAAACUCAACGGAGGUCAUCUAUUACACUUGGCAAUUGGAUAAACAGCAUUUUGAGCUUAGUUCAAGCUUCUCCCAGCUGAUGCAGCUCCGCAAACAGCUAUCAGAGCAAGUUCCUAAAGAAUGGCCAACAUUUAAUGAUUUGCAGUUCGGCCUGCUCGGGUUUCAGUGUCUGGGUUUGAACGAAGACGAUAAGAUAUUGGUGAAGUGCAUCGACAAACAAAAUAAUAGCCGGGAGGCUAGCUUCCCCAGGCGAGAUGCAAAACAGUUGCUACUUGCGACAGAUACAGAUGACAUGCCCCUUCUGCUGAGGACCUCCCGAGCUGUGGAGCUUUGGAAGUGGAUCAAUGGUAGCUAUACGUUAGCCCAAAACCUGUUUCACGGGCAGCAAGUCGAGCAACUGGAGCUUAUUCCGCAACACCUGGACAUGGAGAAGGGUCUACUGGCGGUCCUAACUUCUGCGCCAGCACCAGAAAUCACAAUUUACAGCUUUAGGAAUGGCGACCUAACCGACCUGCAUCUGGUCCAAAUCCUAGAACUACAAGACUCCAAACAACAGCGCGUAAUUCGGUUCAUGCAUCUGCCAGAGUCCAAGGAUCUUCUACUGUUCGUGUCGAACCUCCUCCCCGAGCAAUCGCUCACGAUAUUCCAGUACCGCGGUGCAGCUGGUUUCCAGAAGAUCUUAGGGGAGAGCAGUCUGCCACACGCCAACGAUCUGAGAGUGAUUGAGAUGCCCGGCACGAAGCUGCUGUCCUUGGCAACGGACGAAACCAUCUACAUACUGCGACCGCAGUUUACCACACUUUAAGAGCACUCGAUUUUGCACAACACUUGUUUUGGUUUUCUAAAUAAAAAUUUACUUUUUAUUAA